UCGUUUCGCGUAGACUCCGCCAGCAAGUUCGCGCACCCACCGUCCUCGUCCAUAUAUCUGUCUGCUGGUUUUUGCGCUUUCAGCGCUCUAGUGGAAGCCAGCAGAGGACGGUCUUUUACUCAGACCGCGGCCGCUCACCGUCAACUCGCAUCGCGUCGCUGCGUGCGGCCUCCUGCUCUCAGCCAUGCCUGUAUCUGCUGCACAGAAAACCGCGAUCGAGGAGGUCGUCCGCGCGCUCACGAGCGCAACAAGUCGCCGCGUCAAGCGGCGACUUGCGGACAUGUUCAUGGAGUUGGUCGACAAGGAUUCAUGGCCGGAGUACUACGAGGUUAUACCUCAACCUCGUUGCAUCAACGGCGUCAAGUCCACCCUUGCCCAAAACAAAUACAAAGAUCCCCUGGACGCGUUCCAAGACAUCCAGCUCGUGUUUCUCAACGCGCUCUACUACAACGAGCCCGGAAGUCAGAUCGCGAAGGACGCGACGACGCUUAAGGGCAUUCUCGAGAGCGAAUGGAGGCAGCGCUCCGUCCUCCCUGCGCCGCCAACCUCAGCCCCGUCCUCGUCUGCACAGAAGGUGCACGCGCGGAAGGACCAGCCCGAACGUGCCGCAGCCCAGCCACCACCCGCGCCCAAGGCUCAGGCUGCAACUCCCGCCCGGAAGUCCUCGAAAGCACCUGCCGCGGCCGCACCCACGAAGGCGGUAGAGCCCACGCCACAGGGCUCUGCGCAGCCAGCCGCGACGGCACGGGCGAAGUCUCCUGAGCGUGCUGCUUCUCCCGAGAUCGACGUCGACGUCGGCGGAACACCGGAGCCUGAGGUCGUCGGGCACGACGGCGCCAGAGACGGGGAGAGCGACGAGAUCGUGCGACAGCUCGAGAAGGGUCUGCCGCGCUGGGAGGGGCUCGCGGACGCUGGUUGGACGGACGAACUGGACGCGGACCGCAUGGUGGACAUCGUCGUCACGAUCUCCAAGUAUAGGGACGAGAGCGGUAAUCGCCUCGCAGCGAGCCUAGAAGCCGUCCCGGAGGAGACGAACAUUCCAGACCUGUCGUUCACUUUUCCGCUCUCACUGCGGCUUGUGGAGAGCCGGACGCGCAUGAAGUAUUAUGAGACGUCGAAGGGGUUCGACCGGGAGAUGUCGCAGCUGUUCCUGAAGGCGCGGCGGUGGUAUGAAAGCGGGACCGAGCCGUACGGGAACGUGCUGGUGCUGCAGAGGCUGUACCACGCCCUGACAGCUCCGAAUCCGCCACAGCCGCCCUACACAUCGACAACAGGGUUUGCGGCGUUGCCGGCUGGCCCAGGCGUUGCGAAGCCGCUGCAUGACAGUGUCGAGAGCGACAAUCGUGUUACUACCUUCCGGGUCUCGGUGAAAGACAGGAAGAUCAUUGACGAGAUCCAGUACAAGGGAUGGACUAUCCGUCUUGCUGACUGGUUGCAUCUCAGCAACCCGGACGACCCUAGCAGGCCCAUUGUUGGCCAGGUCUUCAAAUGUUUCCUCUAUCAGGAAAACCAAAAGAAAGGACAACCUGGUGUGAGCGUGAGCUGGUACUACCGACCUGAACAGACAUUCCAUCCCGCCAGUCGGCAGUUUUGGGAGAAGGAGGUCUUCAAGACAAGCCACUUCGCAGACCACCCGAUCGAGGACCUCGUCGAGAAAAUCGCGUGCCAGUUCACGGCGCGACACCUGCGCGGACGCCCGCGCCCCCCAUUUUGGCACCCCGGCUGGCCGCUGUACGUGUGCGACGCGCGCUAUAACGACCGCGACCGCGUGUUCGUGAAGAUCAAGAACUGGAACUCGUGCAUCCCCGAGGAGGUGCGCAAGCGCGAGGAGUUCAUGCCCAUCUACCCGUUCGAGCGCCCCGUCGUGCCCCGCACGUACCCCAGCCCCUUCGCGGGUCAGCAGAAGAUCAAAGCGCCUGGGGGUAUCUUGGACGCGGCGGAGAAAGCGGAGGGCGAGAAGACUGAGGCGGCAGCAGGAGCGGCUGGAGCGUCAGGGGCUGCGACGCCGGCGGCCGCGACGAGGAAGCGUCCGCAGAGGAAAGCGGCGGCGAAAGCGGAGGCGGAGCGCGCGGGAUCUGCGAAGGCGGCCGCACCUCCUGCCCCACCGACAACGCAGCACGCCCAGUAUGCUCAGUAUGCCCAACUCCUGCCGCCGCAGGAGGACCGCUCGAUAUACGCCGCUGCGGGGGGCGUAUCGGCAGUGAACAACGCGACGGCCGAGGAGCUGCCUCCGGAAACUGCGCGGCAUUUCGACCGCGACCCGGAGACGAACGAGGUGCUGUGGUUCGCGGCGCCCCCCGUGGACCUCGUGCAUGUCCCGCCGCCGCGGCACAGCCUGAAGUACCUCGCGUUCCUCGCGCAGAAGCGAAAGAGGCAACAGCAGGGGGCCGGCGCUGGUGCAGAUGCCAUCGACGUGGACGAGGAGUCGCGCCCGCGGAAGAAGGUACCGCCGACGGUGACGGAGCAGUUGGAGGCGUUGAUGAAGGAGCAUGGUUUGGAUCAGGUGUCUGUUUAGUAGGAUGCGCCGUUGUAUAUUAUUGUUAUACCUGUAUACUUCCGUCCUUGUCUGUUCGCUCCCUCGCUGGUCUGGUGAUACGAAUAUCGAUAGUUAUAAU